UUGUGCAAAAUCAAGACUUCUUUUUCGUUGAACCCGAAACAUUUACUAAAGGUUGGAUGGGUAAAAGCGGACACUAAAGCGAUCCAGGCUAUCCACGAUCACGUAAUAACUCACAACAAGAGAGUUUCAGUGUCCCAUAGCGAUCAUACCACGUGGAAUCUUCACAUAAAGGGUGUUCAGAAGGAGGAUGAAGGUCUUUACAUGUGUCAGAUUAACACGAAUCCUAUGAAGAGUCAGACAGGCAUGUUGUCGAUCGUUGUACCGCCAGAUUUUAUUCCUGAAGAGACUUCGAGUGAUGUCAUGGUACGCGAAGGAGGACAGGUGAAGUUAACGUGCCGUGCAAGAGGCGUACCGCCGCCCCGCGUGUUGUGGCGCAGAGAAGACGGGAAGCCCAUUAUAAUUCGGAAGCCAUUUGCACCAAACACCUUGAACCAAAAGUCUCACGUGACUCACGUAGCAGAGUUCCAAGGCGAAGAAUUGAACAUGACGAAGAUCUCAAGGAACGAGAUGGGAGUAUAUCUUUGUAUCGCCAGCAACGGUGUACCACCGGCGGUCAGCAAACGUAUUUUUAUCAACGUUCAUUUCUCGCCGGUAAUUCAUGUACCUAAUCAACUGGUAGGAGCUCCUCUGGGUACAGACGUGGUCCUGGAAUGUUUUGUCGAGGCUUCGCCGAAGUCGAUUAAUUAUUGGGUCAAGGAUAACGCAAUGAUAAUCUCGAGCCAGCAACACGACGUGCAAGCACUCGUGAAAUCACAGUUCGAGGUGCGAAUGAUAUUAACUAUUCGCUAUUUGCAAAAACAAGACGUGGGUACUUACAAAUGCGUGGCGAAAAAUUCUCUCGGAGAUGUGGAGAGCAGCAUACGAUUAUACGAGAUUUCGGGACCCACAAAGACGCAAACAGCAGCCCGGCCAUCUUUCUACGACGAGGAAGAUGAAAUCGUGUACGGAUCGGCAGAAAUGGAGAAAAUGGAGAACAAGCCAUUGUCCGUGGACAACGCUAUCAAUGGACACAUGGGUUAUCCAUCAGUCGCCACACCGGUGCCAACCAUGAGAGUCGGCAAGAAAAGACCAGCGAUCAGUGCUAGUUCUAGAUCCAGUGAUCGUCAUUCUGCUUCCAGUCUCUUUGUCAUCGUUUUGUUGCUGAUCAUAGCUCGUCUGAGAUGCCAAUGAACGAAUGGACCGAGAAAGGUUUCAUACGCUUCGUUUUGUUUCUUCAGAACAGUGGAAAUUAUGUAACAGUUAUCAAGAUACCUUCUGCAAUUCUUCGUUGCUUGAUUUCGUUGUUCCCUUGUAUGACAAACACAAACGUCACAGGAUGAAACUUUGUUACAUCGCCGAG